GAACCACCUAAGGUUGGCUUUGGGAUGGGAGGCAUAAAGCUAAGCAAAGAGACAGUACAAACACUCAUCAGAGGGAAUAGGGUCUCCCAUUAUGAAGGCAGCCCAUAAAGACGCCAUGCCCUCCGGAGAAGCCAACCCAAGGAAGCCGCCCCUCCCCCUCCUCUCUCUCUCCCUCUCUUCUUGAUCUCUGUAUAAGAACCCAUAGAAUCAACUCUGAUUUGGCUACCAACAAGAAAAGGCCUCUCAUCUGCUCAGUUCAGUGUUGUGGGUUCGUUGUAGGACAUGACGAACAGGCGCCAGAUUCCAACAUUUGGGAGCUGGAAUUACUAUGACGACCUUCCCAUCACGCAGUACUUCGAGUCAGCAAUGCAGGCUGGGUUAGUCCGAGGUCAAUCCUUCGUUGAGGAUGCUGAUCUCUACCAGGUGCCGUCUUCCCCAGCGAAACUGAGCUACCACCAACGCCACCAGAGAAAGGAGAAGAGAGGAGGGGACAAGCAGUAUCAGACAGGGCAGCAGAGGAAGCAAGGGAAGGUGUGUGAUGUCACAGUAACAGCACCGGCCACGCCAAGGAGGAUCAGAGCUCCCAAGGCUGUGGACGAGGACUUGUACAAGAUCCCUCCCGAGCUCCUCUACCAAAAACCCAAGAGGAAGAGGCUGCUGAGAGGGUGGUCAGGAUGCCUGGGACUGCACUGCGUUGCGUGAGAGAGGAUGGAGUAAUGGAGUGAGGCUGAAGCAAAAGUUCAACGUCAGUGGAGGGGUGAUGUUUGUACUUCCUUUGUUGCCUGUUUCCCUUCUCAUUCACUCUCUCUCUCUCUCUCUCUCUCUCUCUCUCUCGUUUCAAUAAUGUGGUGUGAUGUGAGGCAGUAUUUUCAAACGGGAAAACAAGGGACAUAUCUUCCUUGAUAGACUUCGAAAUCAAUGAAAGAAUGUUA